CGCCGGUCGAAACCUCGGUUAUCUGAUCGCCUCCGUCUCUCUACUCCAAAGUUUGCAAAUUGAAAGCCUCUUUUUUUUUUCUUUCUCUUCAUUCGCUUUCUUCUGUGUGUUUCCUAGUUUCUUCUAAUAAAAUCCCAAUUCGGUUCAUCGAUUACAAGCAAACAAACCAAUCGAUUGAUGAUGCUCUCUAGGGCACACUUGUAAUUGACUUUCUUCCUCUUCUUCUCAUGGAAUCUCCUUCCUUCUCUGCGCCUCUCGUUUCGAAUCAGAGAGUCAGGGUAUGCUAGAGAAAGUCUCAGUUGAUUUCACUUUACAACUAACUUGAUUAAACUAGUCAUCAUGGCUCGUAAAGGAAGCCAUCAGAAGAACGGAGUAGAACCAAACCAAACCAAGCAAAAGAAGAAACCUUCUGAUUCUUUACCCACCAAAAAGGGACAAGGGAAAGCUAAUGAAGCCGCCGCCGAGAGUGUCAUGAAACAGAAUCUCCAAGAUGAUAAACACACUACAAGUAGUGAAACUCCAGAGAGAGACAUGGAUUCAUUUGUCAAAGAUAUAGAUCAGCCUGUUGCUUCAGAGACUGGAGAUAAUAACGAACCUGAAGAGACUAGAAACACUCCAUUUGAUCGUGAAUACAUCAACGGUCUUAUGAGAAGCUUGCUGUUUAUUCUGAGAACCAACAGCCCUUCUGAGAAUAUUGGGCUAGCGUAUGAUGCAGUGAUCAGGAAACUGAGGAUACCCGCUGCUACUGUGUCAAGGGAAGUGAGUCAGUGGAUGGAAAGAAACAGGCCUUUGAUUGUUUCUGUCAGAACAAGAGUGUAUAAGGCUCGUGACGUUGUUGCAAAGAAGAUUCGGGUAGUAUGUCCGGUUGUUUUUAAAUGGCUUAUGCACUUUGGCAGUAUAGUUCUUCUUUUGUCUCUGGUUUGGUUGGACUGUGCAAUCCGAGGGUUUGAUUCUUUUAUCAGGAUGGGGACUGCGUCGUUUUUCUCAAUCAUGUGGUGUGGUGUCUUCUCAGCGUUUUGUAUGAUCGGCUUGACCAAAUUUAUACUGAUGUCGGUUGCAACUGUUCUAGUGUCUUUGUUCAUUGGAUUUGUUGUUGGAUCCAUCACCCUUGCUGUUUCUAGUUUGAUUUUCUUGUGGCUCUAUGGUAGCUUUUGGACAACACUGCUGUUCCUCUUCGUCGGAGGUCUGACAUUCAUGAUGAAGCACGAGCGUAUUGCACUGUUUAUCCUCACAGUGUACUCAGUCUAUAGUGCAUUGGGUUAUGUCGGAUGGCUAGGUCUUCUUUUGGCUUUUAAUCUUGCUUUCAUCUCAACCGAUGCUCUUAUAUAUUUCUUCAAGAACAAAAUAAACCAACAGAGCACUGAUGAUGGAUCCACUGAUCCCUUAAAUGGUUCCUCUUUUGAAAACGGCCCUGGCUUUCCUGGAGACCGUGGCUCAGAAGUCCCGUCAACUAGUGGAACAGACUCUGAGUUAACUUCUGAAGGUGAAGUUGCUCGGUUACUGAACUGUGCUGACCACUACUCAGCUUUGGGGGUACCUCGGUAUGGGAACGUUGACAUGGCUUAUAUCAAGCGAGAAUAUAGGAAGAAGGCGAUGCUGGUACAUCCUGAUAAGAAUAUGGGGAAUGAGAAAGCAGCUGAAGCUUUUAAGAAACUUCAGAAUGCCUAUGAGGUGUUGCUUGAUUCUAUAAAACGGAAAUCAUAUGACGAUGAAUUAAAGAAAGAAGAACUACUCAACUACCUUCGAAGGUUUCAGAAUAAUUCUCAAAGGAACCAGGACACUAGAGGACACAGUUUUGGAAGCUCAGAAGGUGAAGGAGAGGAAGCUCUAAGAGAGUGUAGACAAAUAGCGUGUAAAAAAUGUGGCAAUUUCCAUGCCUGGUAUUUAACAAAGAAAUCAAAAUCUACAGCAAGAUGGUGCCAGGAUUGUAAGGAUUUUCAUCAAGCAAAAGAUGGAGAUGGUUGGGUUGAACAGUCUUCACAGCACGUCUUGUUCGGAUUGAUUCAAAAGGUUGAUCUGCCGCGGGCUUACGUUUGUGCAGACAGCAAAGUAUAUGAAGCUUCUGAGUGGUAUAUCUGUCAGGGAAUGAGAUGUCCUGCAAACACACACAAGCCAAGUUUCCAUGUGAACACAAACGUGACAGGUGCAAAACGAGGAACAAGUGGUUCAUCAGGGCAAAGAGGUAACCAGAGAAUGCCAAAUGCAAACAUGGAUGAAACAAUGACAGAGGAAGAGUUCUACGAGUGGUUGCAGAACGCCGCACAAGCUGGUAUGUUUGAUAAUGCCGCCGAGAGCCCUACUUCUGCAACAACUGCUAGUAGCAGUAAGAAGAAGAAAAAGGGAAAGAAGCAAUGGUGAAAAAAGACAGAGCAGUGUUGUUUCAUACUAUUAUAUAAAGAUGGUGAAAAUUUUGUACCCUUUUUUCUUUCGAGAAAUUAAACUUUUACUUCUCAAAACUUUUAAUCCCACACAAGAGAAAAAGCUCUCAACAGAAGCAGAUUUGAUAGUUUCAAGUUUAUUGUCUUUUGCGGCAAAAUUCAGUUCAACAAUCCCAAAUUUAUAUUCCUU